AACAAUUUACAGUGUACAUUUUACACCAAGUAGAGAGAAAGUGAGUGGUGGAGUGUGAAAUAGAGCCAAAGAACAGAGAAGGAGGAGUCACCCAAAAAUAAACGUCGAAAAUGUGGCCCAACUUUUUUGCUGUCAUUUCCAUUCUGUGCCUGGCCCUUGUCGCCAUCGCCCAUUCUGGACCCGUGCCAAUUGUGAAUGAGCACCAGCAACUGAUGCCCAAGGUGCCCCAAUGGCAUUGUCUGCGCUACUUCAAGCACGACGUCUUGAUGAUGCGUCGCUGUCGCCAUUUGCGUGUACCAACGGCGCCACGGCUUGGCGAUGUCGUCAAGCGGAAGAAGAAGUAAUCGGCAUCGAUCCAAUAAAAGACAAUCAUCGUCAAUUCUAUAUAAACGACUGAGCAAUUGCUAAAAAAUAUAGCCACAAAAAGAUUUGUAUACCCAGACCAAAGUUAAACCAUUACUCAAAACAUAUACGAUAAACUACUUACAAUUAACUAACGAUAAGUCUAACCAAUUGUACUUCAUAGACGCGUAAGGUUUCAA